UAUAAACUAAUUGUGACCGAGGAUUGGGUAGAACUGAGAUUGGCGUUUGUGACCGGCGAUUGAAAACCCUUUGAAGGUGUUUCAGAGGGAGACGAAGAAGAUCGUAUAAAUGGGUCUAGCUUUAACCGUCGGUGUCUUCGGUGUUCUGGUUCUAUUUCACGCCGCUUAUUCAACUAUCCACUACAGGGGUCUGUUGAAGAUUACAGAGGAGGAGUUUUCAGGGCCUCCAUUUAACGUGGUGAUUGAGCUGUUUGUUGGGCUGCUGCUUUGUUUCUGGGCUGCGCUCACUGUGCCCGGGAAUUUUAAAUCCAUACUCCCUCACUCCGAGGAGAACAGGAUUGUUUCUUUACCUGCCAACCUAGACUUCAUGAUCUUCAAUCACCGAGGCAAGGUCUUUCCUGUGGAACUGGAUGUGAAGCUGAGACAAUGAGGACUGCUAUCCUUCACACGAGGAGGAAAAACUUUACUCUAGAAAAUUAAAAAUUUGGGAUGCGCGUUUGAAUAUCCGUUGUUUGAUGCAUGAGUCUAGCAGUUUUCUUCUGUAUCUUGUACUUUCUUUACUGACCACUUGACAUAGUAAUUUAGACAGGAUGUUAUUAUUUGAAUCAUACAUAUGAAGAGUUAGCUUGCACUUUCAA